GUCUAAUUCAUGCACGAAUUCACCGACAUGACUGAGACCUGGAAGGAGAAUGUGGCCAACGUGGCCCCUGUGGCCACUCGCCGGCCCUUGCGGGAGCUUCAGCUACAGGCCGGUGAGAUCUCCUUGGAGACUGAAACGUUGAAGCGAAAGAGUCGCUGGGCCGCGGAUAUCGAAUUUCGCCUCACUCUCUUUGAGCAGCUGGAGCCAGAUCAAUGGGAUGCGCAGGUGGAUGUGACUUCUGCAGAUGAAGCCCCAGAGACGAGGUUGGAAACACCGGAAAGACAGGACGUCUCUGUAGACGUCUCUGUCCCCGCUUGGGACUUGGAAGUGGAUCUUUCACCACCGAAGUUUCCUCACUUUGAUCCGGAGCUUCAAGGUGGACAAGGUGAACAUUUCGAGUUGCACACCACUUUGGAGCCAGAUGGGGAUGGGCCAAAUGGGGAUGGAUCAGAUGAAUGGCCGACCCCACCAGACAGUCCCCUCCCAAAAUUCAGAAAGGCACCAAUGGAGGAUCCUGGUGCUGAUGGUGACCACAACCAUGGUGACCAUGGUGACUAUGGCAGUCCUGAGGUGUUCAGCUUUGCCAAAUCUGGCGCCAUGGAAGCCAUUGAAACCCCAAUCUGCAGUCCCAUUGAAAUCAUCGAAGCCAGUGUUCGAAGUGCAGAAAGCGAGCAUGGAGAUCACUUCGAUGUAGAUACCAUCGACACCUGUUUGGAUACGACCUUUGACAGUGAAGCACAAAGUCUGUUGCAGAUGAUGUGUUCCCAACUCAAGAAAGGCUUGAAGGAUUCGCCUGAAAGAUUGGCAGCAUGUGAGGUGAAAUCACGGAAACCUUCAGUGAAACUCUCCAAAGUUGCGGUGGAACCGGUGAAACAGGUCCUGACGGUCCCAUCUCCUGCGGCUGCUUCCCCUGAGAGUUACGCCACGUCGACGUCGACGUCCACAUCUUCAGCUUCCAGAUUGAGGUCCAGGACGUUGGAACCGUUGCCAUCGUGGAACUUUGAUACUCUGAGAGGUUAUCUCAACACCUUUCAGCGCUCCAAGAUGCGUCAGCAGCAGCGGCAGCAACGACUUCAGCAACUCACCGAGGUCGAGAUUUGCUCCCUGCGGUCCCUGCGGUCCCUGCGGACGCCGACGCCGCGGAGGGUGAGAUCCCCGGAUCGGUGCCCGGAUCGGUCUCCGAGAUCCGUCCGGGCUGAACGCCAGGUGCCACGGCAGGUGCCACGAGUGCCACGAGUGCCAGGAGUGCUGGACAGAGAGAGAUCGGCUGAUCGAGUCACGAAUGCGUGUGUCACUUCAACUUCAACGGCGUCAGCUCGUUCGGCUUCGUUGAGUGUUCCAGGUGGUGCUCCAGGACCGAUGCAAGUGCACUCUCGUGGUGAAGUUUGGAUGGAACACCGAAAGAAACGGCAAUAUCUUCGAAGAGAAGAAGCCAGGCAGGAAGAAUUGAAAGAAUGCACUUUCAAACCCCAAUUGUCGAGUACUCCUCGUGGACGUGUUCUUUCUUCAUCUCUUUCAUGUCCCAAAAUCUCACAGUUCACACCACGUCAUGAGUGUCAGCGUCAUGAGCAUCGUCAUGUGGAGCUCUACGAUCGACAGAUGCAAUGGCGACAGCGGCUGGAGGAAAAAUGGGAUGAAGCGCGACAGCGGAAGCAGAAGGAGUUGGCAGAGCAGAUGCAGCUGGCACAGCUGGCACAGCCACAGCCAUCACAGCUACGGCUCCGCUCGCCUCGGGAGGUAAAUGAAGCCUUUGAACGGUUCCAUCAGCGAAGUCGCCAAUGGCAACAGGCCUGUGCUCUUCGAGUCUUGAAGGCUCAGAAAAGCACCGAAGAGGCCAAAAUGGAGAACUUACAAUGUGGAAGGCAGAGAAGUUACACAAAGGAUGUAACAAAAGCCAGCAGAAGGGCCUCCAGAGAUGCAAAGGAAUUGAAAACAUGUCGAGUGAGUCGAGCACGUUCAGAAGAGCCGAAGUGCCGAGACACGCCAAGGUCCAAAGCUGAAAGGCACGAAGUUCAUCGACAUUUGCAGACCUUACGGCGUGCUCUUUUCGACUCCAAGCAAUGGCAUGGCACCUCCCCCAGGUGGCAGAAGGCCUUGCAAGUUGAGGUGGCACGCUCGGAGGGCGCUGGCGCAGCGCCGAUUAAAAUUAGUUGAACCAAAAAUCGGUGGAGCUACCGCCGAAGAAAACGGCGGAUCCAAACCGACUGAGGAUGGAAGAGAUGGAAGAGAUGGAAAUGUUGAAGGAUGGAAAUUGUUG